AAAUGGGGAAUGUUUUAGCUGCGCACAUAUGGGCAGAUGUUCAUGAAACACGAGACUACACGGGACAAAACAAACUUUUCACAGCGAUUUAUCGGAUUGCGAUUUAUAUUCGCUAGACUCAGACGUUUCUGAAUCACUGUAUCUGUCCCAGUACACAUAAUAUAACUGCUUCUGUACACAUGCGAGAUGAGCUCUCCAAAGAAAACUACUACUGAACCUCAUGUUGUCAAAGAGGAGGUGAUUGCAAGUGGAAAUUGGGUAAAGCUGGAAAAGACCACAUAUGUGGAUCCCUCUGGAAGCACAAGGGUUUGGGAAACAGCAAAGAGAACAACCAGAGUAGCUAGCACUGCAGCGGAUGGUGUGGGAAUCAUCGCCCUUUUGAAGAGGACCCUUCACAAGGACUGUGUUGUCAUGGUGAAGCAGUUUAGACCACCGAUGGGAUGUCACACGCUGGAAUUUCCUGCAGGUCUGAUAGAUGAAAAUGAAAGUGCUGAAGUUGCGGCAUUGAGAGAACUAAAGGAAGAGACAGGUUAUAAAGGAGAAGUAGUGGGCAUCACCCCAGUCACAUGUUUAGACCCAGGGCUGUCUAACUGCACUACACAGAUUGUGAUAGUGCAUAUAAAUGGAGAUGAUAUUCAAAAUAUAAACCCCACUCAGCAGCUGGAAUUUGUGGAGGUUAUUCUUCUACCUCUAGAUGAAUUUCAGCGAAAAAUUGAUGAAUUACUGCAAAAAGAAAAAAUAGUGGUGGACACCAAGGUGUAUAUUUAUGCUAUGGGGAUGUCCCAGGCAUUCUUCAAGCCCAGAGAAUUGCCUGUGCUGAAACAGUGAGAUUGAGAGAACACAAAACGUUCCCCCGGAUCAAACUGUACACAACUCACAGAUUUUUCUGUUUUUAUGUUACAUACUAUUAUGAUCCCAGCGGGGAAUAUAAUCUAGACAAAACUUGACCAAGGCCUAAGUGUUCUACUAUGGCUACAUGACCAUUCCUAACAAACUAACAGUACUUAACAGUUUAGUUGUUUUCAUUGUCAGUUUUUAGUCAUUAGCAAAUUAUUAUAUAUUGUGAAUCUAGACCUGAAGUGAACAAGUCAUUCUAAUACAAUGAUGAGUGUUUAAGAUGCAUUGCCUACAUGAAAAACUGUAUUUGUUUUAUCCAAUAAAUUUGACGUUUGAUUUUG